AUGCCGGGAAAUGGUCGAGCGUCAGAAGAGAGGGCUAUUAAACGAGCAGAAGAGAAACUAAAAGUGAAUUGCCAUAGGGAUUUUGCUCCGGGUAAUAAUCGCAUCAAAUUUCGUCAAGAUGGUGUGAACUACUAUGUGCCCAAUAUCUUUCACACUGCUAAUACUUUAAGAUACAAGGAAAGUGGUGGUUAUAUGCCGAUAUUUAUUAAAGACAUCUUGAAGAUUAAAGAUACCCGAGAGAUAUAUCAUACAGAUGGAUAUGAAGCAGCCGCAAAGGGAAUUACUCUUUAUGGAAAUCAUCCUCUGAAGAAUAUUUGCAUUAUGGGUCGAAUAGUAUCUGAAAAGUUUCGAGAGUCCGAGUUCAUGGACAAAACAGGAGAUAUGAAGCAGAAAAUUACAUACUUCAUGGAGAUGACAGAUAGCUCUACUGAUGAGACUAUACAGGUGAAGGUGGAUAGGAUGCAAUAUCUCCUGAACCAUCUUCGUCUCGACCAUAACUAUGACAUAUUACUCAAAGUCAGAGGGAAUGCAGCUUUCUAUUACAACUUCAGUAAUCCUGGCCCAUCAAAUCUCAGGUCUAUCGAACUUCAUGCUGAUACCGUUCAAGUUGUGGGUGAUAAAUGUGAUAUCAGGGUAGAAUUGGAAUGGUGGGAUAUAGUCAUGACAGUUAGGAAGGGAUAUUUAUUAAAGCCAUGGAUAUUCGACGAAGAGGAUUUAGUAAGGGUGGCGCGGGAGGAGGCAGAGGUCGAGACCCAGAAUGAAACACAAGAAGAGCAAAGUCAAGAGGAACACAGCGCUGUCAAGAAGACCAAGGGAUCUUCGGCUGAUGCUUGUAAAUCAACUAGGACUACCUUGAGUGAAGCCAUAACUGCAGCAGAAACUGAAUCAAAGCCUUGCUUGAACGAGGGUUCAAAUAAGAGCCGCUUACUUGGUAUAGAGUUAGAAUUCCUCUCCUUCCUUAUAAGGAAUGCUGGAGACAGAGACGCCUGCAUUCCAAUCAGACACAUUUAUCAGGAUAAACAGCUGAUAUAUGGAUUUGAACAGAUACUCUCUCUUACAGAUUCCUCAGAUCUACAAAUUAUUUAUGACUGGUUGCUUGCUAAGUUUUGCAAUACGAGGAUAAUCAGAAUGGCUGAAUCCAACGAGAAGAUCGAAAUCAUAAACUUCCAAAGGAUUUUCCGGUAUGUCAAGAAUUUGAUAGGCUUCCUUACCAACAAUCAGGAAAAAGGCAUAAAAAGACUACUUGCACGGGCAGGGACCUCGCAAAAAUCCGAUGACGUCUAUAAAAUGAUCGAGUAUGGGCUAAGCCAAGAGAUUCGUUUGACGAUUGAUUUGAAAUCACUCGAGAUUGAAAUUUGUCAUCGAUUCAACCUAAAGCAUAUCAAGGUGGAAUACUUGAAUAAGUUAGUUGAUUCUCUAAUACGAGGUAAUUAUAUUGUGAAAGGUGGAAUCGGUAUGAGACAAUUUACGUGCAAAACAGGAUUCAGAAUAAUUCUCAGGUGGGUGUAUGAUGCGAAUGGUUUGGUAUGGAGUUAUAUAUCACGAUUGAAAUCAUCUUAG